CGGGCAGGCAGGUAGGUGGUCAGUCGGGCAGGUAGGUAGGCAGGCAGGUAGGUAGGUGGUCAAUCGGACAGGUAGGUAGUCAAUCGGGCAGGUAGGUAGACAAGGAGGUAGGUAAGUAGGCAAUCAGGCAGGUAGGUAGGCGGGUGGGUGGUCAAUCGGACAGGUAGGUAGUCAAUCGGGCGGGUAGGUGGUCAGUCGGGAGGGCAGGUAGUCGAUCAGGCAGGCGGGUAGUCAGGCAGGUAGGUAAGUAGUCAAUCAGGUAGGUAGUCGGUCAGUCGGGUAGGUGGGUGGUCAGGCAGGCAGGUAGGUGGUCGGUAGGUAGUCAACCGGGCAGGGAGGUGGUCAACUGGGCAGGGAGGUAGGUAGGUGGUCAUGUAGGUAGGUAGGUGGUCAGUCGGGCAGUCGCUGGCUGCCUUGGAGCUGCCCCACUGCUGUGGUUCCCCGGGGACUUUGCUUUGCGGCACGGCGUGGUGCCGCGAGGAUCUCGCGCCCCGGCUCGUGGCCCCAGCCUUUGAAGUUUGGUUAAAGUUUAGGAAUCGAUUUCCUGGCGUUGAGAGCAGGUGAGCACGGGUUAGGCGAGCGAGGAUAACACGCGGGCAGAGGGGCUGCUUGGGUCCCGAGUGCUCUGCUCGUGGUUUUGUGUCUGGGGGAUUCCCGAGGGCAGAGCUGCUGCCUGGAUGCCAACACGAUCCUGACCGCGGUGUCCGCUUAUUUGUUAGAAUUGUUACAAGAGAAAACUCUUCCUGUUCCGACAGAGGCAAAGAUGAGGCAUGGUCUCCUUCGUGGUGAAACCUGUAGCCGUUAUGACAGCACGCCGGCGUGAUAAAUUUAGGAUUACAUGACCGGUUGUGUAAUGCAGAAAGGCGAUUAGCUGACUUGAAUUCACAAGGAAGGAGAACACCCUGGGAUUUUCACUGAACGCGCUGCGUGCGGAGAGCCGUGCUGGUAGCUCCGAAUCCUCCCGCCGAAACAAUUCCGCUCAGUGAAGACACGCUCCCGACGCCUCAGAAUGGCCGGAGCCCGUUGUGCCUAGCUGGAUUCCCUCGGGAAGAAAACCCGAGCCUGAGGCCCCUGCCAGCAGCACGGCGAGUUUCAGCGGAAGCGAGCGCAGUGGUGGACGAGGAGAGGAGGAGGAGGAGGAGGAGGAGGAGGGUCGCGUUUCUCUGGUGGAUACGGCGCCCCUGAAGCGCUGCACAUGCUGGAGCUGCCCGACGUCCUGCUGUACCCCGGGAUGGCAGCGAGGUGACGGCCGCUGAGGAUGACCCUGACUGAAAAGCUGCGCGAGAGGAUAUCGCGGGCCUUCUACAGCCACGGGCUGCUCUGUGCCUCCUACCCCAUCCCCAUCAUCCUCUUCACGGGGCUCUGUAUUUUGGCCUGCUGCUACCCGCUGCUUAAGCUGCCGUUACCUGGAACGGGACCUGUGGAGUACAGCACCCCCGUGAAGGAUUACUUUCCACCCUCUCCAGACCCGGUCUUGCAGCAAGGAGACCUCAGCGAGCGCCCUGACUGGUAUGUUGGUGCUCCUGUGGCCUACAUUCAGCAGAUCUUUGUGAAAGCUACCGUCUCCCCAUGGCAGAAGAACUUCCUCGCCGUUGAUGUGUUUCGUUCACCGCUGUCCCGCGUCUUCCAGCUAGUGGAGGAGAUCAGAAACCACGCCCUGAGAGACAGUUCUGGUGUCAAGAGCUUGGAGGAAGUUUGCCUUCAGGUUACAGACCUUCUUCCUGGCCUCAAGAAGCUGCGGAAUUUGCUCCCCGAGCAUGGCUGUCUGUUACUGUCUCCAGGGAACUUCUGGCAGAAUGACCGAGAGCGAUUUAACGCUGACCCAGAUAUUAUCAAAACCAUCCACCAGCAUGAACCAAAGACUCUACAGACAUCAGCUACUCUCAAAGAUCUGUUGUUUGGACUCCCUGGAAAGUACAGCGGGGUGAACCUGUACAAUAGGAAGCGAGUGGUUUCGUAUACUGUCACGCUGGGCCUCCAGCGAUACGAUUCCAGGUUCCUCAGCAGCCUCCGUUCUCGCCUCAAGCUGCUGCAUCCCAGCCCCAACUGCACGCUGCGAGAGGAGAACAUCGUGCAUGUCCACUUCAAGGAGGAGAUUGGCAUCGCUGAGCUGAUACCCCUCGUCACCACCUAUAUUAUCCUCUUUGCUUACAUCUACUUCUCCACACGGAAGAUUGACAUGGUGAAAUCGAAAUGGGGCCUGGCACUGGCAGCGGUCGUCACGGUGCUCAGCUCUCUGCUUAUGUCAGUUGGGCUGUGCACGCUGUUUGGUUUGACCCCUACUCUUAAUGGAGGAGAGAUAUUUCCCUACUUGGUUGUUGUGAUUGGCCUGGAGAACGUGCUGGUCCUCACCAAGUCGGUUGUCUCUACGCCUGUCGACCUGGAAGUGAAGCUACGCAUUGCCCAAGGCUUGAGCAACGAGAGCUGGUCAAUUAUGAAGAACAUGGCCACAGAGCUUGGGAUCAUCCUGAUCGGGUAUUUCACCCUCGUCCCAGCCAUCCAGGAGUUCUGCCUCUUCGCUGUGGUCGGCCUGGUGUCCGACUUCUUCCUGCAGAUGUUCUUCUUCACGACCGUGCUCUCCAUUGACAUUCGCCGCAUGGAGCUUGCGGACCUGAACAAGCGGCUGCCGGCAGAAGCCUGCCUGCCCCCCGCCAAGGCCGUCAGCCGCUCCCAGCGCUACGAGCGGCAGCCAGCCCUGCGGCCCGCCACCCCCCACACCAUCACCCUGCAGCCCUCGUCCUUCAGGAACCUGCGCCUCCCCAAGAGGCUGCGGGUCAUCUACUUCUUCGCCAGGACCCGGCUGGCCCAGAGGCUCAUCAUGGCCGGGACGGUGAUCUGGAUCGGAAUCCUGGUCUAUACGGACCCUGCUGGUCUCCGCACCUACCUCACCUCGCAGGUCACUGAACAGAGCCCCUUGGGUGAAGCGGGUCUGCCUCCUAUGCCCGUUCCUGGAGGGGUCCUGCCUGCUGGCGACCCCAAGAUCGAUCUCUCGGUCUUCCCGGCGGACCCUAUGCAGCUGUCAGAAAACCAGACGCAGCAGCGGGAGCAGAAGUCAGCGCUGGAUUCCCUGAGCAGGCUGGAGACGAACCAGCACAGUUGGGCCCAAGGACCAGAGGGCAAAGGGAACGGACAGACAGAGCUUGGGACUGAGGCAGAGGUUACCUGGGGAGCGGAGGAUGAAGAGAUCUGGAGGAAGCUUUCCUUCAGACACUGGCCAUCCCUCUUCAGCUAUUACAAUAUCACCCUGGCCAAAAGAUACAUCAGCAUCCUUCCAGCCAUCCCGGUCACGCUGUACCUGAACCCACAAGAGGCCUUAGAAGUGCGGCACCCCCAGGAGGCCAACCGCUACCACCCUUUCCUAGCUUCAAGCAGUGAGAAGCUGGGUGCUGCCGCUCAGCCUGACCAAGCCUCAUCCAAGCUGCAGGGGCACCGGGAUGUCACCCUGUACAAGGUGGCUGCGCUGGGUCUGGCCUCGGGGAUUAUCCUGGUCCUCCUGCUCUUCUGCCUGUACAAGGUGUUCUGCCCCAAGAACUACGGGCAGAACGGGCUGUCCCACAGCAGGAGGAAGAGGGGCGACCUGCCCUGCGAUGACUACGGUUACUCCCCGCCCGAGACCGAGAUCGUGCCCUUGGUUCUCAGGGGCCACCUCAUGGACAUCGAAUGUCUGGCUAGCGACGGGAUGCUGCUCGUCAGCUGCUGCCUGGUGGGCCAGAUCCGUGUGUGGGACGCUCAGACCGGAGACUGCCUCACCGUUAUUCCCAAACCGAGGUUGCGAAGGGACAGCAGCGGCAUUUUUGAUUACCAGGAAAGCUGGGAUCACAGCCCGGAUGGCAAGAACAGUCUGGACGACUCCUUUGAGAACAGCCACCAGCUCAAGAGGAUGCUCAGCCCGCCCCAGCCUCCCCUCUUCUGUGACCAGCCGGACCUCACGUCCCUCAUCGACACCAACUUCUCCGAGCAGGUGAAGGUGCCCGAGUCGGAGACGCGGCUCCGGGCUGUGGGCGGUCGCCAGAAGGAGGCUGGUUACGACUUCAGCAGCCUGGUUGGCAAAGUGUACGAAGAGCACAGCACCUCAAACUGCAUGAACUUCGCCGGCCUGCCCGCCCCGCACGGCCAGGCUGGGUUCUGCGCCGGCACCGGCAGCCCCCGGUCCCUGGGCUGCGGCGGCGAGGAGGGAGGCUGCAGCAGCCGCAGGAGGAGCCUGGGGGACGAGUCUUUUACGGGCUUUGACAAGUCAUCGCCGCUUCCUUCCUGGGGAGGAGACUUGGAGAGCUCUGUCUGGAGCCUGGACCUGCAGGGGAACCUCAUCGUGGCCGGCCGCAGUAACGGGAAGCUGGAGGUGUGGGACGCCAUCGAGGGCACCCUCCGCAGCAGUAACGAGGAAAGUCAAUCUGGCAUCACGGCGCUUGUGUUCCUGAACAACAGGAUUGUUGCUGCCCGGCUGAAUGGCUCUCUAGAUUUCUUUUCGCUAGAAACACACACGUCCUUCAAGCACCUGCUGUUCCGAGGAGCCCCGAGCAGAAGCAGCAUCCCGUCCUCCCCCGUGUUCAGCAGCAGCGACAUCAUCAUGUGUCAGCUCACCCACACCGUGUCCUGCGCCCACCAGAAGCCGAUCACGGCGCUGAAGGCCGCAGCCGGACGCCUGGUCACGGGCAGCCAGGACCACACGCUGAGGGUGUUCCGGCUCGAAGACUCGUGCUGUCUGUUCACGCUGCAGGGCCACUCAGGAGCCAUCACAGCUGUGUACAUGGAUCAGACGAUGGUGCUAGCGAGCGGAGGCCAGGACGGUGCCAUCUGCCUGUGGGACGUGCUGACCGGCAGCAAGGUCAGCCACAUGUACGCCCACCGAGGGGACGUCACCUCGCUCACCUGCACCACGUCCUGCGUCAUCAGCAGCGGCUUGGACGACGUGAUCAGCAUCUGGGACCGGAGCUCGGGCAUCAAGCUCUAUUCCAUCCAGCAGGAGAUGGGCUGCGGCGCCAGCCUGGGCGUGAUCUCCGACAACCUGCUGGUGACGGGAGGCCAGGGCUGCGUCUCCUUCUGGGACAUUGGCUACGGUGACCUGCUCCAGACUGUCUACCUGGGGAAGAGCAACGAGUCGCAGCCCGCCCGGCAGAUCCUCGUGCUGGAGAACGCCGCCAUCGUCUGCAACUUUGGGAGCGAGCUCAGCCUGGUCUACGUGCCCUCGGUGCUGGAGAAAUUGGACUGAGGAGGGAGGAGGAGGAGGAGGGGCAGGUGCUGGAGCCUGGGGCAGCGAGGCGGGUGGGCUGGGCGCCCGGCCCCCUUCCGUAGGCGAAGGCAGCGCAGGUGGAUGUGGUGCGUGGGCAGCGCCGCGCUGCUCCCCGGGGGUGACAGGCUGGGGACAGCAGCUCCAUCGCCUUUGCUCCUCAGGAGCUGGACUCGGGUCACCCGGCAGUGCGCAGGGACCGAGCCCCGCUUCGUCUCCCCCUGUCCCCUGCGUCUUCAGCGCUCUCUGAGGCAGGGGCGUGCGCGUGGCCCUGGGCCGUGUGCGCUGGUGCAGAGGCUCUGCUCCAGCACCCUGCUUGGGACAGGAGCUGUAGGGCACAGGGGCGUAGCGGGAAAUGGGGACACGGUGCUGUUGGGGUGGUUCCCCGGAGCCGAGCGGGGAGAAGGAAUGAUGGCAGCGGGUGCUGCAGCGUGACACGG